AUGAUUGAUUCCAUCAUCAUCAUCAUCAUCAUCAUCAUCACUCUUGUCAUCAUCAUUAAGACCAUCAUCAUCGUUGUCAUCAUCAUCAUCCGUUUGUCCUCCAGUGACACACAUCAGGAAUUCUCUUUGUCCAGUGCACUUCAUGCGAUUUCCCAGCAGGGGGAGUCUCAGGCUGUUGAACUAAAGGAGAAACAUCAUAUCCUAAAUUCAACACAGGCCACACUAUCAGAGAUCGCAAAGCGUUAUGAGACUGUUGCCAGUAACAUCAAACUGAAGGAGCACCAGAUCAGAGGCAUCACCAGCGAGACCGAACAGAUGCAACGCCACAACAAAAGGCAGGAAGCACAGAUACAGGCACUCUGGAUGGAAAACCUGAAACUCAGACAUUGCAUAGAAGAACAGCUAGAGAACUCACACUUUUUGCUGGCUGGGUAUAACACUUACCGCAAUAAAAUGGAGAGCUACAAAAUGUGUGUCUCUGCACUGGAGAGCCAAUCGCCUGUUUAUAAAGAGUUGCUGGAGAAGCGGGAGGAGGUGAAGAGACUGAGGAAAUACAGAGAUGAUCUGGAGGUGGACUUGCAGAAUCCAGGCGGGGAAACAGUUCAUCAGGUCCAGAAAGAAAUAGAAAAUAUUAAGACAAAUAUAAAUUGCGUGGAAGAGAUUUUGAGAGGAAAACGAAAGCUUUUGGAGAAGCACAAAGAUACCCAUGCCCAUAUAAGAAAGGAUAUUGAGAUUCAGAACAGAAGAUAUGAGGCCAUUGUGAGGAGACUCCGUUGCCAGCUGAAACAGGCUCAGUGUAACCAGAAACAGCUGCACAGUGACAUCUCCCAGAUGGAGAAGGAGGUGGAACAUCUCAAGAGCCAGCUAGAGGGAUCUCCCCCAACGUAG